AUGUCUCCACCCUUGUCUUCUAUCAUUGCGAUCUUGACCCUACAAAUCUUCUUGUCGAGACCUCGACAGGCUCGCUGGGCAUCAUUGAUUGGGAGCUUGCUGGCUAUAUUGCGUGUCGAACGGUUAGAACAAAAUUUCAACUCUCAGCAGGUAUGGAUUUCAACUAUGGAAAUGGAAUUCAAAAACGACCAGCGCCGCAGAGUUGCCCAGUACCUUGAAAGUAUGGCCUACGACGAUGUCGUGGAUGCGUGA